AUGCCUGAGAAAACAGUCUCAGACUGCAGUUGGGUCUUCAACAACAAGUUCCUUAAAAGCAACAGGCAAACAGAAUGGGUCAACCCUACAGUAGAACACUUCCUAAGAGCAUACUCUGGAGUCAAUCAAAAGGACUGGGUAAAAUGGCUCCCCAUGGCUGAGUUUGCAUAUAACAAUGCAGUUCAUACCAGCACCAGCAAAUCCCCAUUCAAAGCACUGUAUGAAUGGGAACUUGCCUUAACCCCAAGCAAUGUACCUACAGACAUCUUGGAAGCCAACAACCUGGCCAACCAGAUGGAAGCUCAAUGGCAAGAAGUAGAGGCAGCUCUCUGGCAAUCCAAGUCAUGUAUGGUAGCCAGAGAAUCAGGAGAACCUAUGCAAUUUGAGGUUGGGGAGGAAGUUUGGCUGGAUGCCAAGAAUGUCAAAUUGAAGACCCUGAGCCCCAAGCUAAUAGAACAGCAGCUAGGACCCUUCAAAGUCACUGAAAAGAUCUCCAAUUGUGCCUACUGCCUUGAACUGCUGCCCACAAUGAGAAUCCACAAUGUCUUCUACAUGAGAUUAUUGUCAAAAGUCAAACAGGACAAGAAGCAUGCCUUUGAAAGUUGCCCCCUACCAGUCACAAUCAAUGGAGAAGAGGAAUACAAGGUGGAAGGGAUCACAGACAUGGAAGAGAGAAACAGUGAAUGGUUUUUCAGGGUGAAAUAG